CUUUAGCUAUCAGGCAUUGCCGAGAACUCGAGAUCAAGUGUGGAAAAGUGAGGUUGGGAGACCAUCUAUCAGGAUCACACCUUUCACUAUGUCAUCCGAUAAAAAACUGUCGGAUGUUACGAAAAAGAUAUCCGAAAUGGACACGGAGGAAACUGGGAAAAAGUUGACACACAAAGAAAAGAAGAAAUUAAAAAAACAGCAGGAAUAUGAGAAAACAAUGGAAAUGUUGACCAAGACCGGUGGUCAGGGUCAUAGCGAACUGGAAUCCAACUUUACCGUGUCUCAGUCUCAAACCCAGCAACGCACCAACCAACAAUUAGAACAUGCUGUUGAUAUCAAAGUGGAAAACUUUAGUAUCGCUGCCAAAGGAAAGGAGUUGUUCACUAAUGCUAGUUUACUGAUCGCACAAGGCAGACGUUACGGUUUGGUAGGGCCAAACGGACACGGCAAGACCACUUUAUUGCGUCACAUUGCCAAAAGAGCGUUUGCUAUUCCAUCCAGCAUCGAUGUUUUGUACUGUGAGCAAGAAGUUAUCGCAGAUGAUACUCCAGCUGUACAAGUAGUACUCGAUGCAGACGUCAAAUGUAAAGAAUUAAUGACAGAAUGCAAACGCUUGGAAGAAUUAGUGGAACAAGGAGAUACUUCUAUUCAAAGUAGAUUGCAAGAGGUUUACGAAGAACUGAAAAUAAUCGGAGCAGAUUCCGCGGAACCGCGGGCUAGGAGAAUUCUUGCUGGUUUAGGAUUUAGUCGUGCCAUGCAAGAUCGCGCGACAAAGAAUUUUUCCGGUGGUUGGCGUAUGCGUGUUUCUCUUGCAAGAGCUCUCUUCUUAGAACCUACUUUACUAUUGCUCGACGAACCAACGAAUCAUUUAGAUUUGAAUGCUGUCAUUUGGUUGGACAAUUAUCUACAAGCAUGGAAAAAGACGUUAUUAAUUGUUUCUCAUGACCAAAGUUUUUUGGAUAACGUGUGCACAGACAUAAUUCAUUUGGAUCAGCAGAAACUAUUUUAUUACAAAGGAAACUACAGUAUGUUCAAAAAGAUGUACGAACAAAAGCGAAAAGAAAUGAUAAAAGCGUACGAGAAACAAGAAAAGCGACUCAAGGACCUCAAAGCCUCUGGUCAAAGUAAAAAACAAGCUGAAAAGAAACAGAAAGAAGCUUUAACGAGGAAGCAAGAAAAAAAUCGAACAAAAAUGCAAAAACAAGACGACGACACGACGCCUACGGAAUUGUUACAGAAACCUAGAGAAUAUAUAGUGAAAUUUAGUUUCCCCGAUCCACCUCCCUUGCAACCACCCAUUCUUGGUCUUUACAAUGUCAACUUUUCGUACCAAGGACAAAAGCCAUUAUUUAUCAACGUUGAUUUUGGAAUAGAUUUAAGUUCUAGAAUAGCUAUAGUAGGACCUAACGGUGUCGGUAAAUCCACAUUUUUAAAAUUAUUAACCGGUGAUUUGCAACCAGUGAAAGGAGAAUUAAUAAAGAAUCAUCGACUGAGGAUAGGUAAGUUCGACCAGCACUCUGGCGAACAUCUAACCGCUGAAGAAACGCCGUCGGAAUAUUUAAUGCGUUUGUUCGAUCUUCCGUAUGAGAAAGCUAGGAAACAAUUAGGAACAUUUGGACUCAGCUCCCACGCUCAUACAAUUAAAAUGAAAGAUUUAUCGGGAGGUCAAAAAGCGCGAGUCGCUUUAGCAGAAUUAUGUUUGAAUGCACCCGACGUUGUAAUUUUAGACGAACCGACCAACAAUUUGGAUAUAGAAUCUAUCGAUGCUCUGGCCGAUGCUAUUAACGAAUAUAAAGGAGGAGUUAUUAUUGUUUCUCACGACGAACGUCUAAUCAGAGACACGGAAUGUUGUUUAUACGUUAUCGAAAAUCAACAGAUUAAUGAAAUUGAUGGAGACUUCGACGAUUACAGGAAAGAACUGUUGGAAAGUCUAGGAGAAGUUAUUAACAAUCCGAGUAUAGCCGCAAAUGCUGCUGUUCUACAAUAAUCAUUUUGCCUUUGUAUUCUCCAGCGGCCUGUAAAAACGAUCCCUUCGGACACAACUAUUCGUUAGGUAGAUUAAGUGCUUUUUACCCUAAACAAUUAUCGAGUUCCGAUUAUUCGUUUAAAAAUGCGAUUAUCAGUACUUUAAAUGCAAAAGAUCAUUUCACUUGUGUCCGAAGGUAUUCAAAGUUUAAACAAAUAUUGCGUCUGAUAGGGCUAAGAUAUUGUCAAAUUGUAAUAUAUUCGCAACUUACGAUUUCUAUUUGAAUUGCAAAUGUUAUGUCUAUGAAAAAGCUGAAAAGUAUCGAUCGCUUCUAACACGAGUUUUAUUGGUAAAAUAUCAUUGUUUCAAGUUCUUUCAUUUUUCGUGUCUGACACGUGCAAUUCAAACGAUUAGAAACAUUAUUCGAGUCUACGAAGAAAUAUUUAUAUACAUAUGUAUUAAGUUCUGACCAGAACUGUAUUUUGUAUCAUAAAUAUUUACUUCAUGUUUAAAUAACAGAAAUAAAAAUUAUUCGCAGAAUGA